AUGGAAAUUACGAGACAAUCAAGAAUAAUUCUCGCUUUAACAGCAUCACAAGCAUCUGCGAAAGCUUUCAGUAGCUCAUGGAUUGAUAAAUUUCAUUCCAUUAAUUACUACUCAUCAAAUUUGACUGCUCCAGCCUUUAAUGCAACAGAACCAAUAGAAGAUCUAAUGGACAUGAAUUUGACUGAACAAAAUUUCAAUACUUCAAAUUUUAUCGAAGGUAUCAUUGGUAUUGAUUCGGUUCAAAGACAGUUGGAAUGUUGUGGUGUUGAAGGAUCACAUGAAUGGUUAAGUCUUUAUUCUGGGACAUUUGCGCAUCAUAAGAUUUUGUGUUCAUUUCUAAUUGGAGCUAUAUUUGUACAACUUAUUUUAUCACCGCUCAUUUACUUUCUCGUGGAAGGAAGGCGACGAAUUGAACGAAUAUUGUACAUUAGUCGAUGGAAACGACAACUUGAGGUUUUAUUAGAACAGCAACGAAAAAAUGUCGCCGAGCAAAAAGAUACAAAUUAA